AUGAUAGCUGGAGCACCUUCUCCUCUUGAUGCCUCUAGCGCUCCCGCCACCUCACAGCUAAUCUACGCUGCUACUCCCUCUGCUGCCUCUCCCUGGGCUCGAGGUUCCCCUUCUCCACUUCCAGUUGCUCAUGAUGCCCCAAGUGCUCCCACAACCUCUCAGCUGAACUACGCUGCUGCUCCCUCUGGAGGGUCUCCCAUGCCCCCCAUGCUCCCAUGGGCCCGUGUCUUCCCUGCUGGACUUCAAUCUGCCAACGUUGCCCCUAGCGCUCCCGCCACCUCUCAGCUAAUCUACGUUGCUGCUUCUUCUGCUGCCUCUCCCUGGGGUCGUGCCUCUCCUGAUACUAGUGAUGCUCCCAGUGCUUUUACCUCACUUCAACAAAUCUACCCUGCCGUACCGUAUUACCUAGCAUAA